AUGAAGAUCGCGAUUCUCACCUCUGGGGGUGAUAGCGCGGGCAUGAAUGCAGUUGUGCGGGCAGUUGUCAAAGCUGCUAUCCUCAAAGGCUGCGAGGCAUGGAUUGUCCGUGAGGGCUAUGAAGGCCUCGUUCGCGGUAAUGUGGACGCCAGUCCUAACUCGGCGCUUCCCCCAGAAGCAGAAUAUACCGAUUUCCCAAUUGCCGCUAUGAACAUCAUAAAAAACCUUCGUUUUGGAGACGGACAGCUUUUAAAGGAUGGAAUCGGUGACUACGCAUCUGGAAGGACCCUCAAAGGCCGUUACAUAGUCAGGGUUGGUUGGGACGAUGUUCGAGGCUGGUUCACUGAGGGCGGAACACUUAUCGGCACAGCACGGUCCAAAGAGUUUAGAACCCGGGAAGGGCGACUUGCUGCCGCCCACAACUUGAUCAAAGAAGGGAUCGACGCUCUCGUUGUCUGUGGUGGAGAUGGCUCAUUAACUGGAGCGGACGUCUUCAGAGCUGAAUGGCCAACGCUUGUGGCAGACCUCCACGCACAAUCUCUAAUCAGCCAGGAACAAGCCACCAAUCAUGCCCAUCUCAAAAUUGUGGGUCUGGUGGGGUCAAUCGACAACGACAUGUCUAUGACUGACCUUACAAUCGGCGCUCCAACGGCUUUACAUCGUAUUUGCGAAGCUAUCGAUAACAUUAACUCGACAGCUACCAGUCACUCGCGCGCUUUUGUCCUGGAAGUCAUGGGAAGGCAUUGCGGAUGGCUAGCUUUACUUGCUGGUGUAGCCGGAGGUGCUGAUUUCUUGUUCAUUCCUGAAAAACCUCCAUCAUCGCGGCCAUGGGAGGACGAAAUGUGUGCUACUAUCCAGAAGCAUCGUGAAGUUGGCAAGCGUAAAACCCUCGUUAUCGUCGCAGAAGGAGCGCACGACAUUGAUCUCAAUCCCAUCCGUGCGGAGUAUGUCAAGGAAAUAUUGACGGACCGACUAGGUCUUGAUACCCGAGUUACAACACUGGGGCAUACCCAGCGGGGUGGUCGGCCUUGCGCUAUGGACCGCAUUCUCCCCACACUGCAAGGCAUGAAGGCCGUAGAGGCACUUUUGGAGGCAAACCCAGAGACACCCUCCUUCAUGAUUGGCAUCCAAGAGAACAAGAUAACGACGGUUCCGCUCAUGGAGGCUGUGGCAAUGACCAAAGCAGUGACAACUGCUAUUGAAGAACGUGACUUCGAAAAGGCAAUGAAACUGAGAGAUCCUGAAUUCAGAGAGAGUUUAGAAGGAUUUUUCGCAACGUCCGCCCUUUCUUCCUCUAAAAGGCUACCCGUCACUAAGAGGAUGCGUGUUGCAAUCAUGCACAUGGGCGCGCCGGCAGGAGGAAUGAAUGCAGCUACGCGUGCUGCAGUGCGGUAUUGUCUUGGGCAAGGACAUACUCCACUUGGCAUUCACAACGGAUUCCGCGGGUUAUUUGACGACGACUUUGCUGAAUUGACUUGGUUGGGCGUUGACUCUUGGAUGGCCCGUGGUGGCUCAGAGCUCGGGACCAAUCGCACCCUGCCGUCGAAAGAUCUUGGCGCUGUUGCCUCCAAGUUCCAACAACAUUCACUGCAUGCUCUGCUCAUGAUAGGUGGCUUCGAGGCCUUUACCGCGUUGCAAAUUCUUGAAGAAGGGAGAAAACAUUAUCCCGCCUUCCACAUUCCCAUGGUCCAUUUACCAGCCACUAUCAGCAAUAACGUCCCGAUGACGGAGUACAGUCUGGGAAGUGACACCAGUCUGAAUGCACUUGUAGAAGCUUGCGACGCAAUCAAACAGAGUGCUAGUGCCAGUAGAAACCGUGUGUUCGUGGUUGAAACGCAAGGCGGAAAGUGCGGUUACAUCGCGACAAUGGGUGCACUAGCAGUCGGAGCGGUUUUAGUUUAUACUCCAGAAGAGGGUAUGAACCUAGACACGUUGAAGCGUGAUGUGCGAUUCCUCAAGGCCCGUUAUAAACUUGACGAGAAAGGAAAAGCCGAAGGUCGCCUCGUUAUUCGCAACGAGGUAGCUUCGUCGGUUUACACCACUGAUGUUAUCACGAAAAUCUUCAAAGAGGAGGGUGGCUCUCUUUUCGACUCCCGUUCCGCUUCUCUAGGACACACGUUACAGGGUGGAAUACCAUCACCUAUGGACCGUGCGAGGGCAGUUCGUCUGUCAUUGAAAUGCAUGGUCUUCCUCGAAAAACAUCACGACCUGCUUAUGGCUCAGCCUCCGAAAUCUCGAGUGGCCCCUUCAGAGAGUGCUGCGGUCAUUACAAUCCAAUCAAGCUCUGUCACCUGGGUCCCAGUUCAAGAGAUGGUCCAACACGCCGAUAUGGCAAAUCGUCGGGGAAGAACACCAUGGUGGGGAGACAUGAAAGAUUUAGUUGAAGCCCUUGUUGCACGACCACAACUUGGCCAACUCCAUGCCACCGAUCUCGAUGUACUUUAG